AGAGAGGGGGUUGGGGGGAGAGAAGGUGCUGGGACUGCGGGAGGAGGGAUGGCGGCUGGUUCCUCUGCUUGUGUUUAGCCUUUGGUUUGUCGGUUUGCAGGUGACAAUGGGCCGUGGACUCGGUGUCACUCACCGUAUCCUGGCCAGGAGCUGCCCCCUAAUGGUUUCCCGCAAUCACUGCACCUUUCGCAUCACUUCAGAGGGUCACUGCCUCGUCGUUGACAACCAGAGUCUGAACGGAGUGUGGGUGAAUGGGGAGCGGAUUGAACCCCAGCAGGUUCACCGACUGAGUGAAGGCGAUGUAAUACGGCUCGGCGUGCCGCUGCGUGAUAAAGAGCGGGCAGAGUAUGAGUAUCGAUUAACCUGGAGAGACAGGGAACAGGAAGAGGCUGGUUCCAGGGGUACAGCCAGAACCAAGGACAGUGUGAGAGUGAAACGCAAACACAGCUGUGACCAAGUGGAGCCACUGGAUACAGACGGAGCCCAGUGCUACACCAACAAAAUUCAGCGACUCUGCCAGUCAAACACAUCAGAGAACUGCACCAGCCGAGACAGGCAGAGACUCACAGCGGGUACAGACCCAGGGCCCAGCCGAGACGGGCAGAGGCUCACAGCGGGUACAGACCCAGGGCCCAGCCGAGACGGACACAGACUCACAGCGGGUACAGACCCAGGGCCCAGCCGAGAUGCCCACAGACUCACAGCGGGUACAGACCCAGGGCCCAGCCGAGAUGGGCAGAGGCUCACAGCGGGUACAGACCCAGGGCCCAGCCGAGACGGGCAGAGGCUCACAGCGGGUACAGACCCAGGGCCCAGCAUGAUGAGAAAGACUUGUAUCCAAUCGUGCCCUUCUGGGACACUGAGAGCAAUACCAGGGGUACAGGCAGACGGACUGUCAGUACCUGGGGAAAACGACAGUCAUGUUGAAGAGCUGGCUGCCAGUGUUCAGGGGCUGCAAGAGCUGCAGGGAAAGCUGCACAAAUCUCUGCCCACAGAGCAGCAGGAGCGAAAGGUGGGGAUCAGAGGACCG